AUGAAUGCCAAGGACCUCUUACCGGGUUACGAGCAGACCUUGCCCGUGCUGUCUCGGCCACCGGCUGCGGCUUGGGCGGGCGAUCCGAUCCACUCCCCUUAUGCAGCGCCCAUCCACUUCGAUUCCAACACUGUACAGACCGUGACCUCAACACAUCAAAAUCCUCCACCACCACCACCUCCUCCUCCCCCUCCACCCACAGCUCCCAGUCGAAAAACGACCACUAGGGUACGCAAACCCCGCAAAAACAACAAUGCAUCUACGGGGAAAUCGACGUUAUUCUGGGUCAACAGCGAUCAGCAAACCGCAGCGGCAGGUACAACGGACGAGACCCUAAAGCGGAUUCGGUCCCAUGUUAUGUCCGAGCAUAAUCGCAAGAAGCGAAUGGAGAGCACAGAACAGUACAAUAAGAGCAAAUGGAAGCACUCGCCUUAUCAGCCCCCGACGACGAACCCUGGGGCACUCGUACCCGCUGCGCCUGUCCGUCCGCGUGCCAGCUUGUCCACCAGCUUAUCCAGCAGUCAAAUCUCAGAUGAACAAGAGCUAGAACAGAUCGACGAGCUUGUCACAUCAACAUCUGUGGGAUACCCUGCGACGCAAGCUGCCUCAUGGGAUGACUCUAGCUUUGGUGGGACGAUGGCCUACCCCGCUGGACCUACCGCAUGGUCUUACGUGGGACAAGGAGCUAAUGAUCCCUUUAAUACUGGGCAUACACAGCUUACAGAUAGAAUGAUGCGACACUUGCGAGUCUUCCUCUGGGAUCUGACACAAGAAGCGCACCCAUUGCAGACGCGGUAUAAGCCCAAACUGCAGGCGCAUUGGGCGUCCUUGAUCCAGCGCGACCCGGCCAUUCUGCACGCGACAAUUUGUAUGGCGUCUUCCAAUGACGCUAUGCGUGCAGGCGAGCUACCCAUCCGAGAUCCGAAGCAAAAGCGGAGUCAGUUGGUGAUCGACACGUUCCACCACCGUGGCGAGACCAUUCGACUGGUCAACGAGGGCCUGUCAGACCCAGUCAAGGCUUCCAGUGAUGUUUUGAUUGCUGCAGUUUCUACCUUAUUGACAAUUGAAAUCGCGUCAGGGAAUCCCGACUAUCUCAAAAUCCAUCUAGCAGGUUUGCGACAGAUGAUCGCAUUGCGAAAGAACUUUGACGAUGUUCCUUCAGACGUGCGGUUCCAGAUCUCAUGGACUGAUAUCCGAGUUGCUUGUAUGGCCCACGCCAAGCCUAUAUUCCCCUUUGUCCGCUACAGCCGCCCAGCGCGAUUCUCUCUCAUCCCACCCAACGACGAUGUAGCAUUACUUUCUACCCGCCUCUUCCCUCUACUCAAAAUCCCCGGCAUCUUCGGCGAAGCCAUGCCGCAAAUCGUAUAUGACCUCCUCGAACUAUCCUGGUAUGCAGAAUGGAUCAAAGGCAACACCGGGUACAAAGAGUUCAACGAGGAGACCGAGGACUACUUCAACACCGAAGUGCUGCACGUAGAAUACCAACUGCAUACGGAUCGAUAUACAGAAACAGGCCAGGUAAAGGGCGACAACUCCAUCGAGGGCUGCACCCGUCUCGCUUUACUGCUGUUCCACAACAGCGCCAUCUGGAAUUUCUAUCCAAUGAUCGGCCAGUUGCUGCCUAAGCCGAUCCAGGCUCUGCGCACCGCGCUCGAGGCGACCAUCCACACGGGCUUAUUCGCGCUCUGUCGCGACCUGCUCCUCUGGCAGCUUUUCAUGGGCGCUGCGUGCAGUCUAACCCUGCCGUCAGAGCGGACCUUCUUUGUAUCUGAACUGGCCAAUGCUGCGCGGCUGCAGGGAAUCUACUCGUGGCAGGAGGCCCGUUCUAUCAUGUUGGGAUUUUUCUAUGUCGAUCGUAUUCACCUGCCUAUGCUUCGUCAGGUCUGGGAUGAGUGUCAUUUGCAGGUAGAACAACCGGCAGUAUGA